AUGGCACCGCAAAAAACACCUCGCAGCAAACAUCAGCAGAAUGAUUCCAUAUUCAAUGGGAAUGGAUUUUCUGGACCGACAAGCCCGGUCAGGGAGAUGCUGCCCAUACGCCCUCCUAUGGUGUCACAACCCUCAGAGGCUUACGAGAAAGCACAAGAAGAUGAACGAGAAGUCCUGAAAGCCGUUUUCAUGGAUGACUAUGAAGAAUCGGAAGCAACAGGAGCGUGGAGUAAAACCACAGACCGCAUUUUGCGUUUGAAGUUGAAAUCAUUUUCAAAUGAUGACAUCUCCGUCACGCUUUGCGCAAAACUCACUGCUACUUACCCAAGAUCUCUGCCCACGUUGACCGUGGAAAACGUACUCAAUCUCAGGGUAAGAACUCGGCAAAGGCUUCAAGACUUAUUGAAGACCCGGCCAAAGGAGCUAGUGGGUGAAGUCAUGAUUCACGAGUUAGCAACUGACAUCCAAGAUAUCCUCGAGGACGAAGUGGCUGUACGUGAAAACGACGGCACAUUUGAGAACCUAGAAGCAGAACGAGCAGUUCAAGAAGCUGCUGCUGCCGAAUUUGAGCUGCACCAAGAGGAGUUGUUACGAAAGAAAAGAGACGACGAAAAGGCUGAAGAGGAGCGCGUCCUACAGCAGCUGGUCAGCGACGAGAUGAGACGUAAAGACUUGAUGGUGAAGCGUAAGAGCAGGACUUCGAUAAUCACACCUAUAUCAUACUUUCCUAGCGCAAAAGGCGUUAGUUACAUUUCUUUCGACAGGACAAUUACACUGCAACUUGAGGACACCAGCAUCGAAUUCAACGCAGUCGAAGGCCUACUUCCCUUCCGCGCAGGGCCAAUCACUGAAAAUCUGCUGGUGAAGCCAGUUGUUGGAGGCCAAAGGGCAGUCACACUCGUCCUGAAACGUGCGCGUAUAGGAGGUGGGAACUCUGCUGGCGGACCCCAACUCAAAAAAGCUAUCAUGGAAUUCGAAGAGGAAAUGGAGGAAAUCAAACGUCUUCGACAGCCUGCUAUCUUGAGCGUCCUGGAUUUCAAGAUUGAGCAUUUGCCUAAUUCUGGCUGGGAGAUCAACGUUCUCAUGGAGCAGGCAAACAAGGGAUCACUGGGCGAAAAACUCGAAGACGACGGACAAAUCGCGGUGGCAAGAGUUCGCUCUUGGACCAUAGAGCUCUUGGAAGCACUUGACUACUACCAUCGCAAUGGAAUCGUUCACAACAGAAUCCAUCCGCACAAUAUCCUAAUGACCAAGUCCUCUUCCGGUAGUGUCUCCAUCAAAUUAGUUGAUGCGGGGUUUCAAGAGAGUUUGCGUUGUCUUCAAAAUCUGGGCAGAGGCGAACAAUCCUCUACACCCUCAAGAUCAGCGUUUUGGGUUGCAGCUGAACUUGAACAAGACGUUCGUGCAACUCGGAAAACAGACGUGUGGGACCUAGGGGUUGUCUUCCUUCAGAUGUUAUUCGGUCUCGACGUACCUGAGAAAUACAACUCGCCAAAGGACUUAUCCGACGCUCUUAAUUGCUCUGAACCCUUGCAAGAGAUGAUGCGCAAAUUCUUCAGGCCCGAUCCAAGGAAGAGGCCCUCGGCUUUCGAUCUUAUUCCUUGCGAGUUCUUGCGAGAAGAUGUGCCCGUAUAUGAGCAGCCUCCUACACCGAUGCGAUCUCGACACUCUUCAUCGUCUUUGGGUCACUACAGACUUCGUCGCGAAUCCUCGACCGGAGGCAAUGGAUCGUACUCGCGGUAUGCAACCGACUGGGUUGAACAGGGUCGUCUGGGCAAGGGUGGCUACGGUGAAGUAGUGAAGGCGCGGAACAAGGUCGAUGGCCGCAUCUACGCUAUCAAAAAGAUCAGACAGAAGUCAGCAUCUGCACUCAGCGAAGUUCUUUCAGAGGUGAUGCUUCUCUCACGACUCAAUCAUCCAUGCGUAGUACGCUACUACACAGCGUGGCCAGAGGAAGAAUCGUCUAGCAUCUCAGAAAUGGACGACGACGAGUCUUCAACGUUCGACAGUGACGAGUCCGAAUCUGAUUCUGGUUUCGGUUCGGAUUCUGACAUUUCACCUAGCGCGACUGAUGCUGCAGGUUUUGGUAGAAGCACAGGAGAAUUGGAUUUCAUUAGCUCCAGCGGAUACCCUAAGGUAGAAUUCGGUUCUGACGCGGAAUCGGACGACGACGACGGCGUAGUAUUUGGAUCAGAUUCUGGCGGGACAGGAACUGCAAGUGCAAGUGCUGGACCUGGGUCUCCAAGCAUGAAGAAGCGCAGCUUGUCCAACUCUUUGCCUAUGCGGCCUGCCAGGACCAUACUUUACAUCCAAAUGGAGUUUUGCGAAAAGCAAACAUUACGCGACCUUAUCCGUCGGGAUUUGUACGACGACCCGGAAGAAUACUGGAGACUGUUCAGGCAGAUACUGGAAGGCCUUGCCCAUAUCCACGGUCACGGUAUCAUACAUCGUGACCUGAAGCCGGACAACAUAUUCAUCGAUGUCGCAAAAGUUCCCAAAAUCGGAGACUUUGGGCUCGCUACUAGUGGGCAAUAUCAGAGGCCAGACAAGAAAACGCCCGCAGGAACACAAGAUGGCGGCGAUAUGACACGAAGCAUUGGAACUGCGCUAUAUGUGGCCCCAGAACUCAGCUCUACUGUUGCAGGCAACUACAACGACAAGGUAGAUAUGUACUCUAUGGGCAUCAUCUUUUUCGAGAUGUGUUUUCCUUUGAAGACAGCUAUGGAACGAGACAAGGUUAUCCGGACAUUACGUGAACGUAAACAUGAUCUUCCAGCUGAUUUCGAAUCACCCGAGAAGGCUCUUCAAGGCAGCAUCAUCACUUCUUUGAUCAAUCAUCGUCCCCUUGAGCGACCCAGUUGUGCGGAAUUAUUACGCACCGGAAAGGUACCUCUGCAGAUUGAGGAUGAAGCUGUGAAAGAAGCUCUCAAGGCCCUUUCCGAUCGAAAUUCGCCACAUUACACGAAGAUGAUGGCUGCCUUGUUCUCACAGAACCCAGAUACCCAAGCAAGGGACUAUGCCUGGGAUAUGGGCAUCAGUGCUCAAACCAUCAAGGCUAACGACAUACUACUUCAGAACCUUGUCAAGGACAGGCUAGGAAUGGUGUUUCGAAGUCACGGUGCUGUCGAAGUUCAACGCCAACUACUCCUGCCUUGGUCUGAUCACUAUGCGAACAACAAUGUCGUGAAGCUGUUCGACCCGUCAGGUACACUAGUACAACUUCCCUACGACUUGAUUCUUCCGUACGCCCGCGCUAUUGGUCGCGGCGCCCCAUUUCUUGAAAAGACUUUCACAUUUGGACAAGUAUAUCGCGAUAAUUACACUGGAGGCGCGCCACGCAGCAAUGGUGAAGCCGAUUUUGAUAUCUUGUCGUACGACACGCUUGACUUAGCCCUCAAGGAAGCCGAGGUAAUGAAGGUGGUCGAUGAAAUUGUCGACGAGUUCCCUUCCUUCGGCUCUACGCAGAUGUGCUUCCACUUGAACCAUGCGGACCUGUUAGAAAUUGUCAUGGAUUUCUGCAGGAUCAGCAUUCCUCAGCGACCAGCGGUGAAGGUUGUCUUGAGUAAGCUCAACAUCUCAAAGACCAGCUGGCAGACGAUCCGAAACGAGCUGAGAUCGUCUGACAUUGGUGUAUCAUCGACAUCGCUAGAUGACCUCGCGCGCUUUGACUGGAGGGAUACGCCUGAAAAAGCCUUUUCGAAGUUACGACGCAUGUUCGAGGACACGAAAUAUCUCGAUCAGACACAAGCAAUCUUUGCUCACCUGAGCUCAGUCGUAAACUACAUGAAGCUCUGGAACGUGAAGCGUAAGGUGUACAUCAACGUUCUUAGCAGCUUCAACGAGAAAUUCUACUCGGGCGGUAUCCUGUUCCAAUGCUUGUUCGAUACGAAACAGCGAGAAGUACUUGCUGCAGGUGGCCGCUACGACAAGCUGAUCGAAGAAUACCGGCCCAAAAGUCAAGGACAUGCGCAUCCUAACGCAGGAUAUCACGCUGUUGGUGUGAACCUCGGAUGGGACAGGCUAGUCAACUCCAUGACGCGGUACCUGAAGAAGCCGGAGAAAUCGUCGUUCCUCAAAAAGCAUUCCGAAGAAGACACGCCGUCUGUUUCAUGGAUGCCCCGUCGCUGCGACUGUCUAGUAGCAAGUUUCGACCCCAAUGUACUCCGAUCUACUGGCGUCAAGAUGGUCGCAGAUCUCAUCUCGCAUGGCUACACUGCAGAGCUAUCCAUCGACGCUCACUCCCUCGACGACAUCCUCCGCCACUACCGCGACGACAGACACAGCUGGGUCAUCAUCAUCAAGCACGGCGUCGCCUCCGACAAACCAGACAUAAAAGUGAAAUCCAUCGCCAAGAAAGAGGACACCGAUCUCCGCAGCACCGACCUGCUCAACUACCUCCGCAACGAGCUCCGCGACCGAGAAGCCCGCGAAGGCAGCGCAGCACAACGCGUCACAAAGGCAAUCCCCGCACCCACAUCCUCGCCCUCCACAUCCGUGAAACCCACCGUCGACGUCCUUAUAUCGCAGCACCGCCCAAAGAAAACAAACAAAUGGUCCAUCGUCGAGGCUGCGCAAACCCGCUCUACCGAGCUCCUCGAGUCGUUCCAGUCCGCACCCAUCGCUGCCAUCGAGACGAAAGAGGAGGUCAUGAACUUCAUCAGAGAGACGAGACUUAGUGAUCCGGAGUCGUGGCGCCAGGCUGUUCAGAAAAUGCCCAUUGCGGAGAGGAAGUACCUGCAGGAGCUGCACGAUCUGCUGCUGAGAUACAGGGCGAAGUGGAUUGAGGUGAGGAACGAGGAGGGUAAGGGGAGCAGUGAAGGCGGGAAGGCGUUUGUGUAUAAUUUCAGAACGGGCGGUUGUUUGCUGUAUGAUUUGGAGAGUUGAGAGUAUAGUCUCAGGGAGCGGUGGGGAUUUCGAUAUAGAUGUUUCGGCGCAGGAUAUGAUGUAUGUGAGAGACGAGUGCAAGCGAUUAUGAUUUACGUUCGGUUUAUUCCCAAUAUGAUGCCUCGACAGUGGAUCUGGUAUGUUACUAUAGUACAGAGAUUUGAAAAUACAGCAAUAUUCAAUGCUAUGAUAAACGCCUAAUUCUAUAUUUCGUUACCCUAAAAUGAAGCAGAAAUGCACUAAUGCGAAACGAGCGAUCUACCCUCCUUGUUCAUCAAGGGUGCGUUGUCAUCUUCGUCAUCCGAGGCAAGACCGUCCAGCUCGAACUCCUCUGCGUCUCGGACUCUGGUGUCAGCCCUGGCGUAACCGUUGGGCAUACCAUUCGCGUGACCGUUUGUGCGAAGAUCUUCAGCGUCGGCUUUUGAGUCCUGACCCCAUGCAUGUACGGCGUAGAGAUGGACGAGCAUGUUGACGACUAA